CCAACAAAUACACAGGCGAAGAAAACCUAGCUCUUGCUUCGCCAUGGACGUCGGAGGAGAAGACAUAAGCGAUCUCCAGGUAGAUCAAAUCGUUGAAGAAGAUUCCAUGGAUGAUCUCAUUAGAGACCGAUUCAGACUCUCCGCGAUCUCUAUCGCCGAAGCCGAGGCGAAGAAAAAUGGAAUGGAAAUAGGAGGACCUGUUGUGGCAUGUGUGGCGGAUUUAGCCUUCAAAUAUGCAGAAAAUGUUGCAAAGGACCUUGAACUAUUUGCUCAUCAUGCUGGACGCAAAGUUGUGAACAUGGACGAUGUUGUUCUCUCCGCGCAUAGAAACGAUAACUUAGCUGCGUCUUUGAGGUCAUUGUGCAAUGAGUUAAAGGCAAAAGAGCCACAAUCGGAUAGGAAACGCAAGAAAGGAUCAGCCAAGAAAGAAGACAAAGCCAGUAGUAGCAAUGCCGUUCGCAUCACGACCGAUCUGGUUAAUGUAGCAAAGAAAUUCAGAGUGAUUUAUGUUGUAGGUAAAGGAAAAUCUCAGAACGAGAUUGGUGCUGUAGAGAUUCGAGAAGAGAAAGAUAAUGAAGUUGAGAAUGCGAAGCUCAGCCCUAUCUUGAGCUCUCCUCCUGAAGAUGAUGGUUAUGGUCCUGAGCACAUGGAAGCUGAAAACAAGACCAAUGAUCCAAUCAAGGAGAUUGGGGAUGGAAGUAGCCAUGUGGAUGGUAAAAAUUACCAGGAAGCUGAGGCCACUCGCACAAUUCAUGUCUCAUUUUCAAAGGUAGCUCUACUUGUUGGUGCUGCGGCGACUUUACGGUUUCUUCAGCACAAUCUUUGUGCUCAAAUCCGUAUUUUGAAGGAUUCAGAAGUUGAUUUGAAGUCUUCACAAAGACCGGUAGAAUUAACUGGAACUGUUUUACAGAUCGAGUUUACGCAGCAGCUUAUCGACUCUGUUCUAGCAGAGGUUGGUCAUAAUUAGCUCAAUUUCUUCUUGUUUACUACUCUCAACUAUUCUUUUCUUUUUUGGGUCUGAAAGAAAUUUGGCUACAAUAAUUUCAGGAGAAUCAU